AACAAACAAAUCUAACCAUUUUUAAAAACAACUGGUGAAUAUUAGUAGGAAUCAGUAGGAAUAUCCUAUAAAACAGGGGUGGCUUCUAUGUUAAACAGCAAAAGAAGUGCAAAUAAAGGCAUGGGUUGGAUCAAACCCAUGUAAACUCCUCCUCUCCUGGGAAGUGUAGCUGAGUAACCGAGUCCCCAUGAGAGCUGCGCACAUGACAAUAGAAACCACUGCUUCACACCCAGCACAGUUUCUCUGACAGCGAGCGCUAACGGUCCUGCUCAGGCUGUGUUGAAAGUGACAUACCAAUGGGUGCGUUUGUGAAUGUUUAAUCUCAUCCCCACAUGCACGAGUGGACACGGCUUCAACUAAAAGGAGAUCUAUAAGUUGCUCUUCUAAUGCUGGACUAUUAUGGUCCAGCUUGAGAGUGCCAAGUGCAGUUUCCUUUUCUGCCUUGGAAUCUGUAUCCUUAUCUGUUCGACCAUCUACCUAAAGGCCAAUAUAUCUAACGCACCCCAAGCUUCUGCCUCUCCAAACGACUUUAUCUGCCAAGCCCCGGAGGAAGACUGUCCGAUUCUUCCGUCGCCAACGCCGGGCUUCCGAUGGGAACGAAAAGACUGUACGAGACUGACGAGCUACGUCGCCGACCCCAAAGCGAACUGCAACCAGUUGCAAUCGAAACUUCACUUUAUCAUGGUGCCAUUGAGCAAAGAAGAAGAAGACUUUCCUUUAGCCUUCAUCAUUACUAUACACAAAGAGCUUGAAACAUUUCUUCGACUUCUGAGAGCCAUCUACGCGCCGCAGAACGUCUACUGCAUUCAUGUGGACGCUAAAGCGUCGGAGGACUACAAGGCGAGCGUUCGGAACCUAGCCAGGUGCUUUCCGAAUGUCUUUCUGGCUAGUGUCAGCGAAAGGGUGACCUACGCUGGUUUCUCCCGUCUGAAGGCGGACAUCAACUGUAUGGAAGACCUUGUGAGGUCUCCCACGAACUGGAAAAGAGUUAUCAAUUUGUGCGGCCAGGACUUUCCCAUCCAGACCAACUUGGAGUUGGUUCGUUACAUGCAGGAAUCUAGAUGGAAAGAUAAGAACAUGACACCGGGAGUCAAGCAGCCAUCUUACAUCCAGUACAGGACUCAGUUUCAAUACAAGGAGGUCAAGGACUCCCAUGUGGCACCAGUAGGCAAAGGCCACAAGAAGGGACCACCUCCACAUAACCUGACCAUCUACUUCGGGACUGCCUAUUACUCCUUGACAAGGCAGUUUGUACAGUAUGCACUCAACAGCCCGGUAGCCAAAGACUUGUUGAGUUGGUCUAGAGAUACCUUCAGUCCAGAUGAGCAUUACUGGGUGACGCUGAAUCAUGUGCCGGAAGCCCCUGGGAGUUAUCCUGAGAGUGGAUGGGAAGGCAACGUUCGUGCUAUCAAAUGGAAAGAACAGGAGGGAAUAUCACACCAGGGUUGUCAAGGACGAUAUGUCAGGGAUAUCUGCAUAUACGGGACUAGAGACUUGCCAUGGGUUGUGGAAAAAUACAGCAUGUUUGCUAAUAAAUUUGAGACUGCGGGCUUCCCUAAAGCUUUGGACUGUCUGGAACUGUGGCACAGACACAAACUUCUACAGCAAAGUAUGGUUCCUAUACAACCAUCAUGGCAUCUUAUCACAGAAGUCCUGAAAGGCACUCCAAAUUCAACAGCAGGGGGGUGAACGUAAAG